UACUAUAGUGUCUAUUUCCAAUCAGGACCGGGGUAGCAUCGUCGAUCGGAAAGAAGAGUGAGAGUGAUCGAAGAUGUUUCUGCGUGCGGUGGCGCGGCCAUUGAUGGCGAAGGUGAAGGCGACGACGGGGAUCGUUGGGUUAGAUGUGGUGCCGAACGCGAGGGAGGUGCUGAUAGGGCUCUACAGCAAGACACUGAACGAGAUCCAGAAGGUUCCAGAAGACGAAGGGUAUCGUAAGGCGGUGGAGAGUUUCACGAAGCACAGGCUCAAAGUGUGUCGGGAAGAGGAAGAUUGGGAAGCCAUCGAGAAACGACUCGGUUGUGGACAAGUCGAGGAACUCAUCGAAGAGGCUCGCGAUGAGCUCAAACUUAUUUCUCACAUGAUCGAGUGGGAUCCAUGGGGUGUUCCAGAUGAUUACGAAUGUGAGGUGAUUGAGAAUGAUGCUCCAGUUCCCAAGCAUGUUCCUCUCCACCGACCUCCUCCUCUCCCUGAAGAAUUUCACAAGACGCUGGAGACACUUGCAUCUCAAUCUGGAACUGAUACUUCUACCCCCAUCUCUAGCGAAUCACCAUCGAAGGCAUGAUUUGCAAUCACAUUAAAGCUUGGUUUCUCAGUUUGAAUCCUUUUUCUGCAUUAAUUUGUUUGUGUUAACUAGUUUCAUUACUCAAAACCAUCUUUGUGGGAGAAAACCUUGGCUCCUAAAUAAUGCAUGAAAUGACUUUGUUCAUAGGUUCAUAAUUAAGAAAUUUUCUUCU